AAAACCACCAAUCUUUUAUAUGGUACCUGUUACGUUGUUGGAGAACAAAAAUUAACAUUAAUCUAUUAUAAAUGAACUAGCUUAUAAUUCCUAGAAGAAUAAUCAAUAGCUAGACUGGCCCUUUAGGCUUUAAUCCUUAUCCUUCAUGUGAAAGAAACAUAUUCAUUUAAUUUCUGCCUCAAUUUGGGUUCCUAUGUGGUGAAAUUUUUUUCCUAUAAAUUUCUCUGCAACUGCUAUCACAAUUACAUAUAUUAAUUGGCCUAUGCACGAGACUACGUACAGCCAUAUUUAUAAUGCAUAUCUAACAGUUCAAUAUUUGGAGGACCCAACACAUAAUUAUGACGAUUUCUACAUCCUCAUCUGCUGAUUUAUUAUAUUAUGGCAUUUAUCCUUCAGCAUAUAUAUGUAAAUAUAUAUAUAUGUUAAUUUAAGGAGUUAAACGUAGUGUUUGUGUUUGUCAAUUAGUUUUUCUGGUUUAUGUCCUAAUCCCUUCAAAACAGCAGCAAUAAAUAUCAUCAACUAAUUUUUAGUUAGCUAAUAAAUUAAGUAAUAGUUUCUUGGUAGACAUAUAGUAUUAAUAUGUGUUGUGAGUGGAUAUUUGAGGUUGUAAUGUGUAGGUAUGGUUUUUAAUUUUCUGGGCAUUAAAGUGAGAUCUACUUGCCAUCUUUAAUGCUUUGGCCUGUCCUCCAUUCAUUAAUUAAUAGGUUCGAUGAGAGCAAUUUAAGAACCCUAUUAACUAGACAUGCCAUCUUGCAUGAUUCUCUCCUGCGCAAUUUGAUCUUCAAGACUGUGGUAGAUUAAUAUCAAUUUAGAUAUGUCUCCAUGUUUUCAUGUUUGUUCCCAAAAAUUUUCUUCAACUGGGUUUUCUUUUUCUUCUUCUUUUACUCUUCAUUUCUAGUACAAGGACAUAUUUAUGCAUAUACGUGCAUAUAUAUAGUUGCAUAUAUACAGAAGCCAAAUAUUUAUAGUCUCCUGUAUCUGAACUGAGAGUUUUUCUUCUUCUUUCUGGGAGUAAUGGAUCUUACAGAGCUAUCUUUGGCUCCAAGAGAGUGUGUGAUGAGUAAAACCAGAAGCAGUAAUUCAUCUUCAGAGUCUGAGUUGAGCAAGUCUUCUAGGAAGAGGAAGCUCUUUUCAGUUAACUUUCAAACAAGUGUUGACCUUCAACUUAAGGACCCUCUACCCUGGGACUGGGAACAAUGUCUUGAUCUUGAGUCAGGUAGAAUGUAUUAUGUGAACAAAAAGAGCUUGAGAAGAAGCUGGAGCUACCCCAAGGAGAAGAAGUUGGACCUUGAACUCAACAUCUCCACCAACCCUAAUUUUACUGGUCAACAGAAGUUAGUAGUUGAAGAUGAUAAUCAACAAAAUUCAUCAACAGGGAGUGGUAGUAACAUGGUGGCUUUGCCAUGUAUGAAUUGCCAUCUGCUUGUAAUACUCUUUAAAUCCUACCCUUCAUGCCCAAACUGCAAGUACGUUCAUGCUCUCUCCCCACCUCCGCAAACACAAACUCGAACGCCAAAUUUCAUAUCUCACUAGAGGUGUAAAAUGCGAGUUGCUUGUCGAUGUAUUGACCAUUAACAGGUUGUUUAUCUAAUGUUUCGUGCUUUUCUAUAUUAGUGUUGAUGUUUUUAAAGUUGAGAGUAAAAUAUGGUAAAACACCUUGACCCUCUUGAAUUGAUUAUUUUGUUGAAUUACUAUUUGGAUUCAAGAGAGUACAUAAAAUUCUUAGUGGGAAAUCCCCUUUAAGCAA